AUGGCUGCCGUUACGGUUCAACGUCCUCUGUCGCGAAGAGGCCACGGCCCGGGCCUUCUUAUCUUGGUAGAGCAGGGCAUCGACUUGUCCAAGCACGACAAGAUCAUGGAUCCUCCUCCAGCUCAGAAAUGGGCCGAAGAAGGCUACGCUGUUGCGCAAGUUAUUGUCACGCCUGGGGACGGCGACGUUACGGAGCGUGUCUCCUCGGCGAUCCAGAGUCUGAAAGAGCUGGACAGUUGCGAUGACAAGGAGAAGUUCGGCGUGAUUGCACAUCUCACUGCCUCUUCUCAGCAGGUCGCGGACGCUUUGGCAAAUCAUUCCGAGAUCAAGGCCGCAGUCUUCUUCAACUUUGGCCAGGCGCUCGCGAUUCCCACCUUGUCUCACCUCCCUGGAACCCAAGCCGAAGCGCCGAAGGCAGUCUCUACCGCGAAGACGUACUCGUAUCCUGCUGCCCGUGAUUUCUUCGUUGUACCCAGCCACCCAAACUUCAACGCCAAUGCUGCCGGGCUCGCGCACACCCGCACGUUGACGUUCCUAAAACCGAUCCUCGGCGGGCCCUACUUCGACCUCGAAGCCGUCUGGGAGGAGCACACCCUCUUCGAGUUUGGCGAGCGCAAUGUUGAAAAGACCAUGGCCACCAUGGUCGAGCAGCCUUAUGUCAAUCAUAUUCCCACGCUUACUGGCGGCGUGGGUCGAGGGCGUUUGACAAGCUUUUACAGAGACCACUUCAUAUUCAAUAACCCUGAUGAUACCGAGCUCGAGCUGGUCAGCCGUACGGUAGGGAUCGAUCGAGUUAUUGACGAGUUCGUCUUCAAAUGCACUCACGACAAAGCCAUUGAUUGGCUACUCCCUGGCGUGCCACCUACUGGAAAGCAUCUUUCAAUCCCAUUCACGAGCGUCGUGAAUGUGCGGGGAGAUCAUCUCCACCACGAGCACAUCGCUUGGGACCAGGCAACCGCGUUGCGCCAGCUGGGUUUGCUGCCGGAGUACCUCCCCUUCCCCUACCAAAUCAAUGGCAGCGGUCCGGCGAAUGGCAAGAAAUUCGAGUUCAGACUGCCUGUGGCCGGCGUUGAAUCCGCCCAUAAGCUGGUAGACGAAAGUGCAGUCGAGUCGAAUGCCAUGUUUGAGUACAAAACUAGAGAGGUGGAUGCCUAG